CGCCGCGGAGCGCCCGGCCCGCCGGCAGCGCGGCUUCCCGCGGGACCCAGGGGCGCCGUCCCAUCGGCGGGGCUGCGGGGCGAGGCUGAGAGAACCGAGCUGCUGGAUGUAGAAGGGAAGUAGGUCGUGUGCACGGAAAAUGCCUCUAAGGGACAAGUGUUGUCAGACCGACCACCAUCACCAUGGAUGCUGUGACCCAGUGCAUCUGUUGGAACCUGGUGAUCCUCCGUUAUUGCAGCAGCCUCUGCAAACAUCAAAAUCUGGUAUUCAGCAAAUCAUUGAGUGUUUUCGAUCAGGAACGAAACAACUUAAACAUAUCUUGUUAAGAGAUGUGGACACCAUUUUUGAGUGUAAAUUGUGCCGGAGUCUCUUCAGAGGAUUACCAAAUUUAAUUACUCAUAAAAAGUUUUAUUGUCCUCCAAGUCUUCAGAUGGAUGAUAACCUCCCAGAUACAAAAGAUAAGCAGAGUCAAGCCAUAAAUGACCUUCUUGAAGCAAUCUAUCCAAGGGUAGAUAAGCAAGAAUAUAUCAUUACAUUAGAACCUAUAGAAACUAAUCAAAAUGCUGUGUUUCAAUAUGUGUCAAGGACUGAUUGCCCAGCUGAGAACACAGAAAGUAGCCAUACCCCUGAUCAAGCUCCGGUACAGAUCCAGGAACCCAGCACUGAGCAACCCAAGACUGUUUCAGCUCCAGCCCCAGUCCCAGCUGGGGAUACUGUAGAAUUACCUCCUGCUGAUCCUGUUACCAACAAGGUGAUAUCUACUUCUGAAGAGCAGCCAGCUGUGGUAAAUCCUGACUCCGACUCUCUGGAUAAUUCUGAUUAUGGCCACCAGCUGAUUUGUUGCCUCUGUAGGAAGGAAUUUCAUUCAAGACGCAGUGUACGCCGGCACAUUCGAAAAGUACACAAAAAAAAGAUGGAAGAACUAAAGAAGUAUAUAGAAACAAAAAAGAAACCAAACCAGUGCUCUGCAAAAGGACGAAAUAAGAAUGUUCUUGUCACAUUAGGUAGAAGUUGUCCUGUGUGUUAUAAAUCAUUUGCCACAAAAGCCAAUGUAAGGAGGCAUUUUGAUGAAGUUCAUAGAGGAUUAAGAAGGGAUUCCAUUACUCCUGAUAUAGCUACAAAGCCUGGGCAACCUUUGUUCUUGGAUACAGUUUCUGCUAAAAAAACUUUUAAGACCAGAAAACAAAAGUCGUCUUCAAAGGCUGAAUACAAUUUAAGUGCAUGCAAAUGCCUUCUGUGCAAGAGAAAAUAUAGUUCACAGAUAAUGCUGAAAAGGCAUAUGCAAAUUGUUCACAAGAUAAUUCUUUCUGGAAAGAACUCUAAAAGAGAGAAAGGACCCAACAGUACUACCAAUGGCACAGAAAUCAAAGUUGAACCAGCAGCUUCUGUAGAACCUUCACCCCCUUCUAUUGUGCUUUCUCCACAGAAUGAAUUAAAGGGAACAAAUCAUUCAAAUGAAAAAAAGAACACACCGUCAGCACAGAAAAAUAAGGUUAAACAGGACCCUGAAAACCCUAAAUCAACCACAAAAUCAACCACUAAAUCAAGCACUAAAUCAACCUGCAAAUCAACCACUAAAUCAACCCCUAAAUCAACCAAUGCAUCUGCUGCAGGUGGCCAGCAAAAAACCAGGAAGCCAAAACUUUCAGCUGGCUUUGAUUUCAAGCAGCUUUACUGUAAACUCUGUAAGCGCCAAUUUACGUCUAAACAGAAUUUAACAAAACACAUUGAAUUACACACAGAUGGAAAUAAUAUUUAUGUUAAAUACUACAGGUGUCCACUCUGCUCUUACGAAACGCGUCGCAAGCGUGAUGUGAUCAGACACAUAACUGUGGUUCAUAAAAAGUCGCCACGCUACCUCGGGAAAAUAACAGCAAGUUUAGAAAUAAGAGCAAUAAAGAAGCCAAUUGAUCUUGUUCUAAAUAAGGUGACAAAAAGAGGUUCUCAGAAGGAUGAAACAAAACAUAUUGGUUCAAAACAGGAUGUCACCUCUAAUUCUCCCAGUAAAAAGUAUGAAGGAGCUGAUGUUGGCAUUGAAGUAAAAGUAACAAAAAACUUCUCUCUGCACCGAUGCAAUAAAUGUGGGAAAGCAUUUGCCAGAAAAGCUUUUCUAGAACAUCACAAGAAAACCCACAAAGCAAAUGUAUCUCAUUCACCUGAAGAAAGUAAAACCAAAGGCAGAAGUACAAGAUCUAAAGCUGUUGUCUGGUGAGGAAAAAGAAAAAGUGUUUUGUUCUUUUUUUUUAAUUAAAAAAACCCAAACAACAA